UUAUCCCACCAAGCAAACAGCACUAGAAAGAAGAUAACCUCUCUGACGCCAAAUACUCUCCACCUGCCCCGCCUUGUCUCAGGCUAAGCCAUGGCAGUCGCAGCUCUGGCGAAGAGCGAAGCAGCCCGCUACAAUGGAAGGAUGACAUCUUUUGUCAUCUUCUCUUGUAUCAUGGCUGCCAUGGGAGGAGUUAUCUUUGGCUAUGAUAUUGGAAGUGCUGGCGGGGUGACGUCGAUGGAUUCAUUCUUAAAGAAGUUCUUCCCAGAAGUGUACAGAAGGAUGAAAGAGGACACCCACAUCAGCAACUACUGCAAGUUCGACAGCCAGCUGCUGACAGCUUUCACUUCAUCACUCUACGUUGCUGGGCUCUUCGCAACCUUCUUCGCCUCAUCGGUCACACGUGCGUUCGGCCGAAGGCCGUCCAUGCUGCUGGGCGGGGCUGCCUUCUUGGCCGGCACAGUGCUCGGCGGCGCUGCCGUGAACGUGUCCAUGGUCAUCUUGGGCAGGGUCUUGUUAGGUGUGGGCCUGGGGUUUGCCAACCAGUCAGUUCCCCUGUACCUCUCUGAAAUGGCACCACCUCAAUACCGAGGAGCAUUCAACAAUGGCUUCCAAUUCAGCGUUGGUGUUGGGGCUCUCUGUGCAAACCUUAUCAACUAUGGCACUGAGAAGAUAAAGGCCGGGUGGGGUUGGAGAGUCUCAUUAGCCCUGGCAGCAGUUCCAGCUUCAUUGCUAACUCUUGGUGCAUUCUUUCUUCCAGAGACUCCCAACAGCCUCAUCCAACAGGGAAAUGAUCUCAAAAAAGCAAAAGAAUUGCUUCAAAAGAUUCGAGGAACCAUCGAUGUCGAUGAAGAGUUGCAUGAUUUGAUUGCGGCAAGCAGUGCUGCCAAGGCUGUUAACCACCCAUUUCGAAGAAUUAUUCGGCCAAAGUAUCGCCCUCAGCUCGUAAUGGCAAUCACAAUUCCAUUCUUUCAACAAGUCACAGGAAUCAAUGUAAUAGCCUUCUAUGCUCCAGUCUUGUUUCGGACUAUUGGUCUUGCAGAAAGUGCUUCUCUAAUGUCAGCAGUUGUGACAGGAGUGGUCGGCACUGGUUCGACCUUCAUAUCGAUGAUCAUUGUCGACAAAUUAGGCAGGAGGGCCUUGUUCCUCAUUGGAGGUGUCCAAAUGUUUGUUUCACAAGUAAUUAUAGGAGUAAUAAUUGCGACGCAGCUUGGAGAUCAUGGAGGGUUGAGCAAAGGCUAUGCAUACAUUGUCUUGGUCUUGAUAAGUGUUUACGUUGCAGGUUUUGGAUGGUCUUGGGGACCAUUGGGGUGGCUGGUUCCAAGUGAGAUCUUUCCAUUAGAGAUACGGUCGGCCGGGCAGAGCAUUACAGUGGCUGUGAGCUUUAUAUUCACCUUCAUUGUUGCCCAGACCUUUCUAGCCAUGCUUUGCCAUCUCAAGUCUGGAAUCUUUUUCUUCUUUGGAGGGUGGCUUGUGUUCAUGACUGUGUUCAUUUAUUUGUUCCUACCAGAGACCAAGAAUAUACCUAUAGAACAAAUGGUUGGAGUGUGGAGAGAGCACUGGUUCUGGAGGAGGAUUGUUGGUAAUGAAGAGGAAAUCAAGAUGGAUGAUGCGAGACAUCCAUGAUUGGUUCUAAUAUGGGAGGAUUUAAAAUGAUUCUCUUAGUCCAAUUUGUAAUAAUUCUGUAUGCUAGUUUCAACACAAUGGAGGAUCAAGAAUUUAUGGUUAUUA